AUGUAUUAUCGUCAACUAUGCACUAAAGGUAGUGGUGAAACAUACAUUCGUUUCGAAGCUUAUCAAUUAAUUGAGCCCCUAGUAGGUUUAUUGAGAGAUCCAUUAACGAUGUGUGAGUGGUCAGAUGAUUCGAUUAAAUUAAUAUCAAAAGAAAUAUACGUGACCGGUGAUGUAAGCCUCUACUCAAAACGACAUCUGUUACUGAUGCCUGCGGCUCCAUAUGUAUUAUUCAAUGAAAGAAACAAUAAUAAUGAUCAAUUACCGCAAUUAAUCGAGCCAUGGCCCUACAGAUGGAGCAGAAAUGAUACCUCUGAGAUUAAAAAUUGUAGGUAUAUACCAUUAAAAUAUAAUCUUUCUUAAAGAAUAAUUGUGUUCUUGCACUGUAUUCUUAUUCAGCAGUUUGGAACAGACUUUAUCGUUGGAUCAUAUAUUUUGAGUAUCUUUUAUCGACAUCAUUGUUUUGCUCUAAAAGAAUUCUUUCUAUGAUAAUGUUUGC